CGAUCAAAAAUCCGAUCAUGUUCGUAUUCGGGUCAUAUGAAACGCACAAAUCCACCAGUAUGGCUGCUGAACCUUCACAAUUUGAUCCCUUCUGCAACUUUGGAUCGAGAAAUUGAAAGACCGAGAAACAACUUGUCAGUUCAAUUAUAUAAAUUUUAAAUGGCUGGAAGAGCUCAAAUCCGUACUAACAACUCAGCACUUAUUGCCAUGAUUGCUGAUGAGGAUACUAUUACUGGAUUUUUGCUGGCCGGUGUUGGUAAUGUUGACCUGCGGAGAAAGACAAACUACCUUAUUGUUGAUUCAAAAACAACGGUGAAAGCGAUUGAAGACGCAUUCAAAGAGUUUACAACAAAGGAGGAUAUUGCUAUUGUAUUAAUCAGCCAAUAUGUAGCAAACAUGAUAAGGUUCUUAGUUGAUAGCUACAAUAAGCCAAUUCCAGCAAUCUUGGAGAUUCCUUCCAAGGACCAUCCAUACGACCCUGCUCAUGAUUCAAUUCUUUCACGAGUGAAAAAUCUCUUCUCUGCAGAGUCUGUAGCAUCUGGAAGGCGUUGAGGAUAUAUAAAUGUUCCAUUUAUCAGGUUGCAAACAUGAAAAGGUUCCCAGUUGAAAGCUCCAAAUGCUUGCAUUUCAGCAAAUGGUUGUUUUAUAUGUUCUUAUCUUUUCCUUCAUCGAUGUAUUUCUCCUAUCAUUUUCUCUCUUUACUUCUUGCCUCCGUUUUCAAUUUAUCGAUGAGAUCAAGACUUUCUGUAAUCACCAUUUAACAAUAAAUUGCCAGGUUGAGCUGACCACAUGGUUUGUUUU